GCAUCAGUGGAACCAAAGGGCACAGCGCAGUUGGAUCUUCAAUUGAUCCCCGACGGAGUUUUACAAAUAAAGAGAGAGGGAAAACUCGCUGCUGAAUGGAUUAAUUGGUGAUUCGUCUUUUUAUUUGUCAACGCACCCUCAAUUACUCCAGCCAAGCUCCGACAGGCCUUCAUCCAGCAUGGACCUCCUGCCAGAUCUGUGGAGGCAUGAGUACUGGCUGCCUCCUGGGAUCACCUGGAGAGACAUGGAGCAGAUGCAGGAGUGUCCGCGACCCCGUGACCUGCUGUUUGCCUUGCCUCUGGCUCUAGGGUUCAUUGUCCUCCGUCUAGUAUUUGACAGGGUUGUGGCUCCCCCUUUGGGCAGAUGUGUGGGGCUGAGGAGCCGAUUACGCAUGGCUGUCGCUCCCGCCACAAAGCUCGAGUCAUUCUACACCCAACAAAACCGACAACCAUCUCAGAGUGAUAUCAUCAGUCUAAUGGCACAAUGUGAUAAAACCCAGAGACAAAUUGAGACCUGGUUCCGUCACCGCAGAAACCACGACAGGCCCAGCUACACCAAAAGGUUCUGCGAGGCUUGUUGGAGAUUUUUCUUCUACCUCAUAGCGUUCCUAGCUGGACUCGCAACUUUGAUCAAUAAAUCCUGGUUUUGGGACCAGAGAGAAUGCUGGACAGGAUAUCCACAACAACCAAUUGAGAGGGCCCACUUUUGGUACUACCAGCUGGAGCUGGGCUUCUACCUCUCCCUGCUUCUCUGUGUCUCUGUGGACGUCAAGAGGAAAGAUUUCAAGGAGCAGGUGAUUCACCACAUUGCCACCAUCUUCCUGCUUGGUUUCUCCUACUGUUCCAACUACGUACGGAUAGGUACUCUGGUGAUGCUGCUUCACGACUCCUCUGACUUUCUCCUAGAGUCUGCAAAGAUGUUCAACUAUGGCACGGGCUGGAGGAAGACGUGCGACACGUUGUUUGUCAUUUUUGCUGCUGUUUUCCUGGUGACACGCCUGGUGGUGUUUCCCAGCAAAAUAAUCCACACAACUCUUGUGUUGUCCAUGGAAGUCUUUGAACCCUUUGCUGGCUACUACUUUUUCAACCUUCUUCUGAUGGUGCUACAAGCACUUCAUGUCUUCUGGGCCGUGUUAAUCCUACGGAUGGCCAACAAGUUUCUAUUCUUGGGCAAACUGGAUAAAGAUGAACGCAGUGAUGAAGAGAGUGAGCUGGAAGAGGAGGACGACGACAAGGGAGAGGGGGAGGAGAAAGCCGAAGAGGGGGAGUGUUGUUGGGAGAGAAGUAAAGAUGCCCUGAACUCCAAACUGAAAAUGCUGAACAAAAGCUUUGUCUUAAACAACCUGACCAAUCACAGAGCUGCUAUUGUGAGCAAGAUGCGCAAAGCAAGGUAGAAUUAUGAACCUAGACAGAGUGAUUGUUUUCUGUCAACAAUUAAGUUUCAUUAUAGACCAGUUCGAAUAGAGUACUUUUUCUCCAUCUGGCCACUACGCAUAGUCUACUUGAUAGCAAUUGGUCUGCCUAUUUCAGUCUUUUCAUGACUGGAAAACUCUGUAUGACAGUGGUAUGAAAGAGAUUGCUUUCAUAUUUUGACUACAGAUUAUUUGUUGAAUUAAGAGAUUCAUGCUUCAGUAUAGUGAAUGUUUGUCACAAAAAGGUUUGAUAUCUCUAGGAAUUGUUUUGAGUGCAGUUUUUGUAAAUGUAAUUGUUUUGUAAUUCAACAUGUAGUUUUUCAACUAUAUAAUUGUAUUUCAUGGUCAAGAUUUAUAAUAGUGGGCUUAUCGUGAAGCUCUAGAGCAUUUGUAUAAUUUCAGCCAGUAAUUUAGAAAGUAUUGCUCGAGAGUCCCCUAUAAAGUGGUGCACAAUAGUGUACUACGUCAUCCAAUUCAUACAAUAUGUUACGAAAUUGUAAGUGAUACAUCUCUUCUCUUAACAUGUAUGGACCCAGAAUCCAGCAUCUGACCAAUUACACAAGACUUUAGUUCUGGGUUAACCAAGGGAAGAGUAGGCUACACUGUUGUAAAUGAUAGGGCUAUAUAACAUCUGUAAUGCAGUUGCAGAAAAACAGAUUUGACUAGUUUUGCAUGGAUCAACAAAAUACACUUAAAAAAUUAUAGUAAAGUGUGCUAGCUUAGCUGGCCUAGAUUACACAUGUCCUAAAAUGUAUCUUCGAGUAUGUUCUUUUCGUUUGACCAAUGUAUGACGUUUUUACCAAGACAUUGGUAAAAAGUAUGAUUUUGGAACAAGUCCUGCUAUGCUAACACUUUGAGUUUUCAAUAUUUAAUGAUCUUUUGCAUUGAAUUUACUCAAUUUACCUUUGGGCAGAGGGGUGCAGGUCAUUGUGUCAUAGCAAAUGCCGCCUCAUAGCAUGGUGAAUAAACCAUAAUUUUGGAAUGUAUAGGCCUAACUUCAGUGACUUUGGUAAAUUAGUUGAAACUUUUAAUCAUGUGAAAUGCAAUGUAUCAAUUGUUGCAUGACACAGAACUAGGGAUAAGUGCGUGUUGUUGGUGUGGUCCCACAGACGAGGCCUACCUGUUUUUAAAACCUCUACAGGAUCGGUGGUUCCCCCACGGGACGAUUGAGCUAAUGUAGGCUUAUGUGAUUAGCAUGUUGUAAGUAACAAGAACAUUUCCCAGGACAUAGACAUAUCUGAUAUUGGCAGAAAGCUUAAAUUCUUGUUAAUCUAAUUGCACUGUCCAAUUUACAAUAGCUAUUACAGUGAAAGAAUACCCUGCUAUUGUUUGAGGAGAGUGCACAGUUAUGAACUUGAAAAUGUAUUUAUAAACCAAUUAGGCACAUUUGGGCAGUGUUGAUACAAAAUCUUGAACAGAAAUACAAUGGUUCAUUUGAUCAGUCUAAAACUUUACACAUACACUGCUGCCAUCUAGUGGCCAAAAUAUAAAUUGCACCUGGGCUGGCAUUAAUACAUUAUGGCCUUUCCCUUGCAUUUCAAAGAUAAUGUAUUAUCUUUUACCAGAUCUAAUGUGUUAUAUUUUCCUACAUUCAUUUAACAUUUCCACAAGCUUCAAAGUGUUUCCUUUCAAAUGGUAUCAAGAAUAUGCAUAUCCUUGCUUCAGGUCCUGAGCUACAGGCAACUGUUUUUGGUGAGCUCAGUCGGGGUCUCAAUUCACUGUCGAGAGUUAGAAUACUAUAACAGAAUACUCAAGGUGCAAUUUCGAAAUUUGGUUUCGCAUCAUGCAUCAGCAGUGACGAUUUUUUGUGGCUACCUUGAUAGGGGUGGAGGCCAAUCUCUGGUUUAGAGGGAGAACGUCUUUGAACUGCUUGCCUUUGUCUAGCCUAUCUAACGUGAGUAUAUUUGGAUGAACUGGUAGUAUGUACGACUGAAGAAGCACAACUUUACUUUUGACUGAAAGAAGCGAAACUUGCGGCACUACCUGAGCUGCAUCGGCUUUCUCGGCUCAAGGCCAAGCGUCCACCUGCCCCGACAGGUGACUGUGAUGAGUGAGCUCUGGCUCUGUUGUUAGUGAGGUUCAAUUUUACAGAAACCACAUUGCAACACCUAUCACAUCUGCUUGCUGGAUUGCUUUCCAAAGACAACAUAUAUAGAAAAAGACAAAGCCCGGGAGGCAUUUGUACACUGAUUAAGGC